CCGGAGUGGUCCGGGUUGUAGACCCCCUGUGACGAGGAACGUGGUAUCUACCUUCUAAAACAUGUACCUAAAUACACCAACACACACCCCGAAUAUAGAUGUGGGGACCUCCCAUGCCAAUACCAUCUGGCAACUCCCCUUUCUAAACCCCCUUCCUCCCCUCCUAUCCUUUCCUCUUACUAUUACUAAUCGCUAUCAACUGUGCUUUAUGUACAUAGCACUGCUCCAGUAGGGUAGGCUUGUAGAUGAUUAUACACAGUAAUCAACAGUCUCCCGAAAAACAGUCUUUGUAUAAUAACUCGCAUUAUCACGUAAUCCAAAUUUCCUAUGCUUACCCAAGCCCAGCACUACCUCUUUAUAAUCACCCUAUAACUACACUCUACAUAACAAACUAGUCUGAUCUAUACCCUACCCCUUACCCAUUCGAAAACACCAUGGUUAGCAAUACAAAAUGGUGUCUAGAAUUCCUACUAUCAAUAACAAAACUAUAUCCCACUAACAAACUAUACCAAAUAUUUCAAACCAAUCUAUACUCUAUCUCACGCUAUCUUCUACACUUCUUGUCCUUCGGAAGGGACGUUAAUCCGGGGUCCGGUGUACGGUGAGUCACGCCGUGCACGUUAAAGAUCCUCUGCUGGUAUUCGAACAAGAGUAGGCUAAUUGCUAGCCGCCACAGAGUAUAGGUUCAUAUAGGUCUAGAUUAGGAUAAUGUAGGGCAUUAAGGCAAUUCAGUGACAGGACAAAUUUUUUUUUUUUUUUUUUUUUUUUUUUUAGACAUAGAGAUAAUCGUCUGUCCCUCUCAUAUUAGAUCAUUUGGCGAUGACGAAAUGCGAAAUUGCUCCCUAUUUAGUGCCCCGACCCACCCCUUUCCCCUUAGUGUCCUAGGCUCGGUUAUAACCGGAACAAGGACGUUAAGCCCCAUCAAUCAAUCAAUCAAUCAAUUUUACUCAUUUCUGCUAUAUCUGUUUACAGUAACUAGCCGAACAUAUCAAGAUGUCUGGACGUGGUAAGGGAGGAAAAGUAAAGGGAAAGGCAAAGAGCCGAUCAUCCCGUGCCGGACUUCAGUUCCCAGUCGGACGUAUCCACCGUCUGCUCCGCAAGGGAAACUAUGCCGAGCGAGUUGGAGCCGGAGCACCAGUGUACUUGGCUGCUGUCCUCGAGUACUUAGCUGCUGAAGUUUUGGAAUUGGCAGGAAACGCCGCCAGAGAUAACAAGAAGACCAGGAUCAUCCCCCGUCAUCUCCAGUUGGCCAUCAGGAACGACGAGGAGUUGAACAAACUGCUGUCCGGUGUCACCAUCGCACAGGGUGGUGUUCUGCCCAACAUCCAGGCUGUUCUUCUCCCCAAGAAGACCCAGAAACCCGCCAAGUAGACGGUUCCAGUGUCAUUCUGCACAAACAAAAACGGCCCUUUUCAGGGCCACCCA